AUGACAUCGUCGACCCAAGGAACGACAUCGUUUCAAGAUAAUAAAGUACAUUUCAGCCACCCCCAUGUCUUGAAACUUGUCAAUCCAACUGUACGUACUCUCACUUGCAAUGCUUGUGAGCAACAAAACAAUAGUAACAGGCCUUUUUAUGGCUGCAACAAUUGCCAAUAUUUCCUCCAUGAAAACUGCCUCAACGCUCCGCGAUUUCUCGAUCACUCAUCUCAUCCUUCACACCCUUUAACUCUUCUCCCAAUUCCAACUUACCCGACUCGUUCCUUUCUUUGCAACGCUUGUGGAUCUUCUGGCAACGGAUUCAGCUUUAGCUGUGCCCGUUGCCAGUUUGAUGUCCACGUGCAAUGUGCCUCUUGUCCGAGUUCAUUACUCAUCGACAAGCACCCACAUCAAUUGGAGCUCAUAUUCGGUUCUCCUCACCAAGAUAAGGAUAUCAAAUACGUUUGUGAUGUCUGCGAUGCAGUAAUGAACAAGGACAAUUGGUUGUACUAUUGUGCUGAUUGUGAUUUCGGGGCGCACUUGCAGUGUGCUAGCCCUGAACUUGUUGUUUACCUAGCGAGCCGAUCAAUCAAUCCAAAUGCAAAUUCAGCACUGGAAAUGAUAAAUUCAGUUAAUGAGAUUAGUGAUAAUUUUUUUGAAUAUCAACUUGCUACUCGAAUGGCAACACGAUUAGGAGAAGAAAUGAUGGAUUCGAGCAGGCCAACACGAACAUACAUUUACUAUUAA